UUAAUUAUCUUAAUUUACUUUAGAGGAUGAAACAGCCAAGAUGGACCAAUAGAUCCCAUGUUGUCCCAAAAUGUUGUGUUAUGCUAUAUCAGAGAUGUUUUCAGAAUAUAUGCUUCUUUGACAAGAAAUUUACCAAGUCAAAAAAUCAUUAGAAUUAUAGACUUAAGAAACUGAAGAUGAUUGAGAACAGAGUAAAAGUUGCUGUGAGGGUCAGACCAUUUCUUCCACAUGAUUGUGAACGACUUGAUGGAAAAAGAUUCCAGCAUUAUCUAGAAACUUGUCCAGAGAAAGGCCAGCUUAUUGCUUUAGAAAAUUAUUGUUUUACCUUUGAUACUGUUUUCCCCUUAGAUGCAUCUCAGGAAGAUGUAUUUAACACAUCUGUUUAUCCCCUAUUGGAGAAUUAUUUUAGUGGAUGUAAUGCUACUGUUUUUGCUUAUGGACAAACAGGCUCGGGAAAAACCUAUACAAUUGGAACAUGUGAUCCCACAUUGCUGGAGGACUAUCAUCAUGGUAUUAUUCCACAAGCAGUCAGAGCCAUAUUCAAAAGAAAACAAGAUAUUGAAAAUAUAAACAGUUCAUCAGAACUUGUAGUGAUGGUAUCUCAUCUUGAAAUUUACAGAGAGGAAUUAUUUGACCUACUUAAUCCUUCCAUGAUAAAGGAUCUAUCUGUGAGAGAUAAUGAAAAUGGUGCAACAAUUGUGAAGGGCAUACAUAAAAUAAGGUGUUCCAAUUAUGAACAAGUUCUGGAAUGUUUGAGAAAUGGCUCAGCUUCUCGACAUACAGGAUCCACACUAAUGAAUGCUCAUUCCAGCAGAUCCCAUUCUAUUUUCACCAUUUAUUUAGAAGACAACUCAGGUGUCAGAAGACAGGAUUAAAGAUGCUGUGGAUUAUCAUUUGAAAAAGAGUAAACAGAAUGAUCCAGAUACAAGGCAACAAAGUCUUUAUUCUAAGUUUCAUUUUGUGGACCUUGCUGGAUCUGAAAGAGCUCAAAAAACUGG